GACGGAAGUUGGCGUGGCUUCAAGCGACAGUGAGCAGCUAAACUUGAAAGAACGUAUAUAUCCAAAUGUUUGAAUAGUGUUUACGGGGCAACGAAAAGCAUAUUUAGACUGUUUCAAAGAACGAUGGCGUCGUUCGAGGAAGAAGGAGCAAGAGAGGAGAACGAGCGACAACGAAAACAGCUGCAAGCUCUCGGCAACAAUCGCGCUGUGUCCAUCCAAGACGGCCAGCAGCUGAAUGGUCGUCCCCCUCAGCUGCAGGGUGAAGGCUCCAGUCUGGAGGAAGAGGAUCCACAGGCACCUCACAUUAAAGAGGAAGAGGAUCCACAUGCCCCCAGCAUUAAAAAGGAAGAAGAGGAUCCACAGGCCCCCCAUGUUAAGGAGGAAGAGGAGGAGUUUGAUGUCAGCCAGUUGCUACUGACUGUUGUCUCUGUGAAGAGUGAAGACGAUGAAGACGAAGCACCCGAGUGGUCACACCUUAAUCGUCAGAGUCCGAGUGGAGACCACCGCAGAGGAACCCCACCAGACAACUUCUUAGCUCCGCUAUCAGACAGCGACGACAUGAACGAUACAGACUGUGAGGGUGACGACAAACAGUUGAAAAGUUCUGAAAAGGAAACGACUCUCGGGAACAAGACGACGUCUCAAAUAUGCGCGAGACGUCGCACACGUCAAGAACUUUUCACCUGCUCAGUUUGUGGUAAAACGGCGACUCAAAAGUCCAACCUGGUAAAGCACAUGCGAAUACACACAGGAGAAAAGCCUUUCAGUUGCUCGGUCUGCAGUAAAACAUUCAGUGAAAACGCAAAGGUGAUAAAACACAUGAGAAGUCACACGGGAGAAAAACCCUUCAGUUGCUCAGUUUGUGGUAAAACAUUCACUGAUAAACAAAAUAUGGAGUCACACGUGAGAACACACACAGGAGAAAAACCCUUUAGUUGCUCAUUGUGUGGUAAAAGAUUUAAUAAAAAGUCAUACGUGGUCAUACACAUGAGAACACACACAGGAGAAAAACCCUUUCGUUGUUCAGUUUGUGGACAAAAGUUCACUCAAAAGUCAGAUAUGGUUAGACACAUGACAAAACACACAGGAGAAAAACCCUUUAGUUGCUCCGUUUGCGGUCGAACAUUAUCUCGAAAGGCCAACGUGGAGUCCCACAUGAGAACGCACACGGGGGAAAAACCCUUCAGUUGCUCAUUGUGUGGCAGAAGCUAUACUAAUCGCAACAGUUUUGCGACACACAUGCGGACACACAACAAAGGAGAAUAAAUGUUUUACAGGAGUCCCCUGCAAUGGCUUUAAAGCCGUUGGGGCAUUUAUUUGCGAUCCUUGAUUUCCAGCUUAAGCUCCACAUACGUUUUUGCUCUUUUUCCUGACAAGUAAGACAAUUAACCCCCUGGUAGAACAACUUUCUUACUGCUUCCCGGAGACCUUUUUUGUCCACCACUAGUACCCCUUUCGGCCAACUAGUAUGUAAUUAAACCUAACUAGUAAAUUAAGGUGCUACACUAGUAACACGUCUAAGCCCAACUAGUAGGUAUGUGUCAUGCACUAGUCGAGUCCUUAUCAAGGAUAUUGAAUAAAUGCUCAAAGGGUAGCUUUUGUGUUUUUACCCAGUACUAGUACCACUUUGGCCUACGAGUACAGUACAUAAGUAAACUUCACCAGUAAACUACUAUGCUGCAUUAGUAACACUACUAGGUCCAACUAGUACUAUGUAAUAGUACGCUCUUUGUCCAGACCGGUCAGCCCUUAGUAGUUCGACUGUCUUACUGGUGAUGUUCAUUUAUUUCCCACUACUUAGUACCUCUUUCAACCCACUAGUAUGCAAUUAAACCUUACCAGUAAACUACUAUACUGCACUAGUAACACGUCUAGGUCUAACCAGUAGGUAUCUUUUACGCACUCGUAGCUUCGUUAUCAAGGGUAUCAAAUGAAUGAUCACAGGGCAGUGUUUAUUUGAUGUCCAGCUUAAGUUCCAUGUACUAGUAUGCUCUUUGUCCUCACGAUGAAAACAAUUCAGUGCAGUAGUGGAACGACCGUCUUACUAAUUAACUUGUUUUCAGUGACUAUCGUAUUUUUUUUUACCACUAUUAGUGUCACCUUUGACCGACUAGUACACCAUUAAACCUUACUAGGAAACUACUGUGCUGUACUAACAACACUACUAGGCCCAACUAGUAAGUAUGUUUCACACACUAGUAGACUCCUGGACCCUAUUAGUGCCACUAAAAUGUCCACUACUAGUUUUACCUCACGAGUAACGUAGUUGUUCUACUAGUGAGCAGAAAUGUCAUACCGUAGUUGAAAUAAGGUUACGAGUACGACAGUCAUUCUACUGGUAUGCUAAUUUUUCUUCCUGGUGAGAACGAGUGUACUAGUAUGUUGACCUUGGGCUGGAUAUCAAGGGGAUGGAACAAAUGCUGAAAGGGUUUUCCCAACCAGGUAUCAAAUUGUCUUUUCAUGUUUUUACUGUUAAUUCCUGCUGGGUUGAUAAUGACACAGAUAAAAAAAAAUGUGCAUGAAAGUGAAAUUUGUUAGACUUUCCUACAAGCAUUCCUUUGUUUUGUUUGUUAAAGAUGAUUGACAGCACCUGGAGUUUACUGUCCUUUUUCCAUUUUGUUUGUAACACUAUUUAGUCUUUUUGCAUUCAACUCAACACACCGGGACACUUUAUUAGGUAUACCUGCAUAUCCUCAGUGGGCUCAAUGGUGUCAUUGUAAAUGUAUGAUUACAUUAUAAUUAUUCUUAUUAAUGCUGUGUGAUCAUGUUUAUUUUGGGCCAAAGAAGCAUAGUUGGUAAACCAGCACGCCUGAUUAUAAACCUGCAGAACCAGAUCAAAAGUAAUUUUUUUUAAUAGCUAUAAACAAUCAGCAUAAUAAAGACCCCACCAAAAAAUUCACAUUGGACCUAUUAUAUAGGUAAAUAAAAGGCUGCGGACAUAAAUUGUGGAAUGUAUUGUAAGUAGAAUUAUAAUGAAUAUAAUAGUAUAUCUGCGGUCGACUGGUUAGCACAUCUGUUUCACAGUUCUGAGGACCGGGGUUGAAAUCCCGGCCCCGCCUGUGUGGAGUUUGCAUGUUCUCCCCGUGCCUGCUUGGUUUUUAUCCGGGCACUCCGGUUUCCUCCCACAUCUCAAAAAACAUGCAUGGUAGGUUAAUUGAAGACUCUAAAUUGCCCUUAGGUGUGAAUGUGAGUGCAAUUGUCUGGCAACCAGUUCAGGGUGUACACCGACCGCCUCU